UACAAAUCAUUUCUCUUGGCUUUUUUCUCUUUUUCCAUACUUUCUAAAUCCUCUGCCUCAUAUUACCUCUUCCAGAGUCACUCUUUCACUUAAAAUGUGAACUUCCGUUUCAUAUGUGAUCCGAGCUGAAAGGUGAUAAGGAUGCCUAGUGUGGGAGAUAUGCCAACCCAAGCAAGCCCAGCUCUGGGCUACUCUGUGGCACACCAAAAUGUCGAGCUUGAUGUCGACUUUGGGAACCAGACGUUAGAAGGCAGGACAGAAAUUAUCAUCCAUCCCCUCCAUAAGGACUUAAAAGCGAUACGAUUGAAUUUUCGUCAGGGUGAAUUGAAGCGCCUGAGCAUAAACGGCAAACCAGCAACUGUGAAAUACGUGGACCCCUAUCGAUCUUUGCAACUCUAUGGUGUCCAUCAACACCGCAAACUGUCAUCGCGUGUCGAUCCAUUGUUGUCAAUUCCUCCAGAACCCGAGAUUAUUGUCAUCAUCCCGAAAUCAAUCCGAAUUGAAGAGCUCGACCCGUUGUCCCUCGACGGGCAAACUCAGAUUCCAUUACGAGCCGGUGGUAAUAUUGAGGAAUCAGCAGAUAUUCCAAUUGGUUCGAAGCCACCAGAUACCUUGAUUGCGAGAUUUACUCCAAUUACUGUUGAAGUUGAGUUUUCACUCGAUCGCCCUAGAGAUGGAAUUCAGUUUGUUGGCAUGGAUAGCUUUGAUCGGCGUUAUCCACAUGCCUUUACGACGGUGUCAACCAUUACUGGUGAUGGAUGCUGUUUAUUUCCUUGCAUUCAAGACCUGUCAGUACGGUGCACAUGGGAUUUUUGCAUACGGUGCCCCCGCACUUUGCGCGAUGUUCCCCGUCAAAAGGGCAACAUAACUGGAAGGGAAAUAACCUGUGAUGAUCAAUCCAUGGACAUGGUUGUUGUUUGCUCCGGUGAUAUGACUGAUGAGAUUAUUGACACGAAUGACUUGACCAAAAAAGUAUCCUCGUUCUCUUGCAACACGCCAUUAUCCGCCCAGCAAAUUGGCUUCGCAAUUGGUCCUUUUGAAUAUGUCAACCUCACACAGUUUCGUGAAAGCGAUGAAGACGAGCAGCUUGGCCAGAAUGCCAUCCCAGUCCAUGCAUUUUGCCUUCCAGGUCGGGCAGAUGAAGUGAGAAACACUUGUUUUCCUCUCGCAAAGGCUGUGGACUUUAUCUCUUUAACCUAUGGUUCUUAUCCCUUUUCAAGCUACAAGUUGUGCUUUGUUGAUAGUGCUCCGUGGGACACUUCUCCGUAUGCUGCACUAUCGAUGUGUAGCAAUCGACUACUCUUUCCCGAUGAGAUUCUUGAUCCAUUAUACGAUUCUACCCGAUGCCUAGUUCAUGCAUUAGCCUCUCAGUGGAUGGGGGUGAACAUAAUUCCCAAAGAGCCAACAGAUAAUUGGGUUACCAUUGGUGUGGCAUAUUACAUAACAGAUACUUUCAUGAAGAAGCUGUGUGGAAAUAACGAAUUCAGGUUCCGGCUAAAGCAAACUUCAGAUAAAAUCUGUGACCUUGAUAUUGCUCGUCCCUCAAUCUGGCACAUAGGAGCACUUCUCAAAUUGGAUUCGUCUGAAUAUGAAUUUCUUUCAUUAAAGGCGCCCCUGGUUCUCUACAUCCUGGAGCGUCGAUUAUCAAAGGCAAGUGGCAAAGCAACUGUUUCGCGAAUUCUCUCUCGCAUAUUCCUAAAUUGCCGAAUGGGUGAUAUCCCUAACAGUGCUUUAACAACAAUCUUUUUUCAAAAGCUUUGUGAAAGGUUUGGACAUGUUAAACUAGAUGCCUUUUUUCAACAGUGGGUCUAUGGCGCAGGAUGUCCCCGUUUUGUGGCCACACAGAGGUUUAACAAGAAGAAACUUGUUGUUGAGAUGAUGAUUCGACAAGUUCAGUCAGAACAGUUGAGUGCUCGCGACCUUGAGAAGUCUACGUUCAUGAGAGAUGUAAAAGAGGAGCUCCAAAAUAUUUAUGCCGGAACCUUGCAACAUGUCUUUACCGGAUCUAUGACAAUCCGAAUACACGAAGCGGAUGGCACUCCAUAUGAACACAUCGUGGAGAUUAAAGAAGCUGUCACCAAGUUUGACAUCCCCUACAAUACGAAAUACAAACGCCUUAAGCGCAACAAGCGGCAAAGAGAAAGAGCGGCGGCAUCGUCAGGUGUUGAUCCGAAUUCCGAGGCUCAGGAUGAUGUUUUACUGUAUUGUCUAGGUGAUGUUCUCCAGUCUGAGGAGGAAAUACUGAAAUGGCGACUCGUGGAAUGGACGAAAGAAGAUGAGGACCGAAUGGGCCAGGAGUCAUAUGAAUGGAUUCGUAUGGAUGCGGAUUUUGAAUGGAUCUGCAAAAUGUCCCUUACGAUGCCGGGAUAUAUGUACCUCUCUCAGCUCCAACAAGACCGUGACGUUGUGGCACAACUUGAGGCGAGUAAUUCUCGGGUUGGAUUUAUGGCUGCUGCUAAUUGCAUACAGUCGAUACAAUACAUGGCCGCUCAACGAGAACAUCCUCUGAUAUCUACAAUUUUCGCUCGCACUUUAAUGGAUAGCAGAUAUUUCCACGGAAUUCGAACAGCUGCGGCUCAUGCGUUGGUGAAGCAUGCAAAGGAGGACGUGGAUUGGAUCGGUCUGUUUCACCUUGAAACUGCCUUUCAAGAGCUGUUUUGCCUGCCAAAUUCACCGAUGACGCGGUCAAAUAACUUUUCGGACCGGUCUUCCUACGCUCUUCAGAUAGCGAUACCAAAUGCUAUCUCAAAAGUGAGAAACCGGAAUGGUAGAUGCCCCAUGCGAGUAAAGAGAUUUCUUUAUGAAAAAUUGAAAUUCAAUGACAAUUCGAACAAUGAGUUUUCUGAUUGCUACUAUGUCGCUGCGCUCAUGCGGUCUAUUGCGAAUGCUUUGAUCGGCGGCAAGGAAAGCAUUCACACCAAAUCCAAACUAGAUAUGACCCAGGAACUCGAGCGCCAAGCUGAGGACCAGCUUUAUUUAGAUUGCAUAGCGGAAAUUAACCGAUAUAAGCGAAUGGAUGAGUGGACAAGCUCCUUCCAGAACUUGUAUACGCGAACGGCACUUGAUUGUCUGCGACGUUUGAUGAAAGAACACAGGGUGCUUGACUUCGACGUGGCACAGUUCCUCCCGUACACUCGUAUCGGUACUUUUGAUUUAGUUCGCCUGGACGCGUUCCGGAUACUACUUGACCUGGAUAAUUUCCAGCAUCCUGAACUUCUGAAGUGGUUUUUAUAUGUAAUGUCCACGGAUUCAUCAGCAUGGAUGCGUCGGGAGCUAUAUCGUGCCUUCGGCAUAACCCUUGCAACUGUCGCGUUUGGUAGAGAUGAUGAUCUCACCGAAUCACCCCUUGAUCACUCUCUCAUUGUUGAGCAAGAGUCCUCCACUGAUGCCCGGAGAGCCAAGCUUGCACGCAGACAAACCAUUCCUGGUGCAAUUCAUGCUUUGAAGCAAGAGCUUUCAGAGAAUGCGGCUUUAAAGGAGGGUCUGUGGGCGGCCUGCAAUUCGAUUUGCAUUGGUGUUACUGAACUCAGCGAUUUCCUUUAUCUCUGUACAAUUCUGUAUGAACCUGCCCACCAGGUCAUGGUAGUUCUGAAAUAUCCGAGAUACUGGAAGGCGGAACAUAUAGGAAAGGGCAAGGUCAGGUUUUCAAAAUCGAACCGACCUCGAACAUAUUCCAUCGCAAAGUCCAAAAUAAAUACGGGUUUUUCGACUAAUCAGGUGCUCGAUAAAAGAAAGCGCGAUGAUGGAAAUGCGACUGUGACUAGCCGAAAGAUAACGCUUAAAGUACCAAAACUUGCGUUUAUGCCUUCGCCCUCGAACGCUGAUGUGUCUUCGCCAUUAAGGCCUCCAAAACUUAAACUCAAGAUAAAAGCACCCUAUAACCCUGACAUCCCCCACACAUAG